AUGAUACCCGGACUCUAAAAGAUUAGAUUCAGGAAGGAAGAGCAGGAGAAGAUGGAGGAUUAGGAGAUCGAAUUGGAUGCACUCAAUAAAGUUGACAAGCAAUUGGAGAUGCUAGAAAACAGCUCGUAAUCUUAGAUAGAGUAUAUUAAUAGAGUGUGGAAAUCCAAACCGUUAAGGAUCAUAUAGAAAAUAACGAUUUUCAUUACUCGUCUUAAACACAGUUCGACGACUUACAGAUUUAAAUUAUUGAAGAAAAGCAUCUUUCUAUUAAUUAGAGAUAAGGCUUCCUCAUUUCAAUACUAUCUAAAUAAUUACAUGUUAUUUCAAAAACCCACAAGAGUAAUUAAAUUUCAAUUAAGUUAGUGGAUACAAAUAAAAUAUGAGGCUCAUGCGAGCAAUCCAUUAUGGUGGCGUUUUUGGUGUUUUCUCAAAAGUGAUGAAACGGUUCUAUUACCUGCGGAUAAGUUCCUUUUCGUAUGGGAUCUAUUGAUGAUGUUGGUGACAAUCGCCAAUAUCUUCUACGUGCCUUUGUAAUUGUCAUUUAAUCUCAAUGAAGACGAUAUGGGUAGCAUCUUUACUCUUUUUAGUACAUUGCCAAGUUGUAUAUUUUUGAUUGAUUUAAUCCUAACAUUCUUCAAAGGAUAUUACGACAGAGGGAUAUUGCAAAGAAAUAAGGCGAAGAUCUUUUGGCAUUACAUAAAGGGCGACUUCCUUUUGGACUUGGCAAUUGUGUUGCCUUUCAUAUUAUCGUGGAUGGGAUAUUCAGCUGCUAAUUAUUUGAUGUUGAUUCGAAUGACAAGAGUCAGAAGAACAAUGAUAGUAAUUGAGGAGAUAUCCAACUUCAAGGAGAAGAGUGCAAUCAUAUAUCAACUAUUUUGUCUAAUCUAUUCGUUGCUCUUGAUUUCUCAUUUUUGUGCUUGUCUUUUCCACUACUUUGCCCUUUAUGAAGUAGACCAAGGUUACACGCACACUUGGUUACACCAAUAGAAUAUAUUUGAUGAGGAUUUGUACACCAAAUAUUUCAAUUCACUCUAUUGGAUUACUAUCACAUCAAUGACUGUUGGAUAUGGCGAUAUUGUUCCAGUUACAACCCCUGAGAAAAUAUUAGUCACUAUCAUCACUUUCUUGGUCACUGGAGUUUUUGGGUACGCAUUAGGAAUGAUAUAAAGUAUUUUCUAUAAAAUGGCAGAGUAAACUAACAUCAACAACUCCAGAUUGAGAUUAGUGAGUAAUCAUAUUAAGUAGAGAGGAUUGAAUACUCAAUUGCAGUUUAGAGUCCGCAAAUACAUUGAAUAUUAUUUGUAAUUUAAGCAGGACGAGGAAUUGGAUUUGGAUGAACUCAUGGGACAACUCAAUCCCAAACUCAAAUAGGAAGUCUAAAUUGCAAUGUACUAUCGUUAUCUUAAACAUUCCAAAUUGUUUGGAACCAAUUUCUCUGAUGAUCUCAUCAAGAAAUUAUGUUUUUGCAUUCAUGAAAGAACAUUCGCUCCCGAAGAGGUUAUCAUUAGGUAUUCGUUCUUAUUACACAUUUAGGAAAGAUGAAUUGCCAAAUCAAUUAUACAUUGUAUUAGCAGGACAAGUCAAAUCUCUCAUAUUGGAAAAAUCAAUCAAAAGAUAUCAACAAGGAAAUCUACUCUGCGAAAGAGAAUUCUUUUAUCAAGACUUUAUGCAAUACAAUAUUGUUGCAUCCUCCUUUGUUCAAGUAGCCUACUUGAAUCUCUCUGAAUUUUAAUCUAUCAUCCAAAAUCAUCGAUCUAGUUUUGAACAAUACCGGUAUGCCAUAGACAAUACUGUUUUUGGUCAAAAUACAAACCUGAUUAUUUGUGAGGCUUGCCAGUCUCAUCAUUAAUUUAAAAAUUGCCCUCUUGUUUUCUUUAAAAAAAAUACCUACAAAGUGUUAGCUGCUUGUCAUAGCAACCAUGUAUAGAGCAGAUAAACCUUUGCCAGAAAAAAGUCUAAAUACAAAUAACAAAGAACAGGUGUCCUCAAUGGAGCUUAUGAUCACAUCAUCAAAAUGAGAACACAAUUAGGAGUCCAAAUUGAUUAAGCAUUCCUUAAUAAAAUCGGGUACCCAGGUUAUGAGCAACAACAGGAAAGCGAUGAAGAAGAGGAUAAAUACCAAUCUCCUCAGGCAAGGAGACAGAGCUUCUCCUAAUUCAAUGACCAUCAGCAUACGCUCUCUCAAAAAACCCUACCUCAAGAUGAACACUACAUUGACUUUGAUAUAGACAAAGUCGAAGAAUAUGAAUUCUAUUAUCCUCAUGACAACAUAACCAAAAUUAGUAAAAUUGUAAACAAACAACAAUUAUUACAGAGACUGCUAGAUAAAGUAUCGAAUAAAAAGAAUUUAUUCGCCGGCCUUGUAUUUAGAUAAGUGGUAUAAAACAUUAUAUGAAC